CUACCGAUCGAUAAUCACGCACAAAAUGAACUCACACGAAGAAGAACCAUUAAAAGCAGUCAAAGAGAAAACCAAAAGAAAGACUAUAAAAGAGAAAAUAGCGUACAUAAAGGAAAAUAUAACGUUGGAACCAGUUUUAAUAAGUUAUGUUGUACCCGGAGUAUUGGCCAGGCUAGCUACCCAAAAUUUGAACCUUGAUAAAGCCUGCCGUGUUAAUUUGAAAUAUGGAGAAGCCGUUUGUAACGCUCUCAUAGCUAAAGAAGGCACAAGGUACCAAAAAGAAGAAUUAAUUGUUCAGGAACUAAUCGCUUCUAUGGAAGCAUGGAAAAACAUAAUUUUAACAGCAAUACCAAGUCUGUUGAUUCUAUUUAUAGGAGCGUGGAGUGAUAGAACUGGUAAUAGAAAGAUAUGUAUUAUACUGCCCAUUGUCGGAGAUCUGUUGAUGUGCUUGAGUAAUAUACUUAACGCAUACUAUUUUUAUGAGUUGCCAGUUCAGAUAACAAUGUUUUUUGAGGCCUUCUUCCCAGCAAUUACCGGUGGAUGGAUUACAACUUACAUGGGUGCUUUUAGUUAUAUUAGUGAAAUAUCUAGCGAAGAAACGAGAACAUUUAGGGUGGGUAUUGCAAAUCUUUGCUUAACCGCAGGAGGACCUAUAGGAACUGCUCUGAGUGGAAUAUUGUUAAAGCAUAUUGGUUAUUAUGGUGUAUUCUCUAUAAGUUCGUUAUUGUUCUGCUUUAGUAUAUGCCACGGGUAUUUUUGUAUAAAAGAUCCCGUAAGACCUAAAACGGAGAAAAAGGACGAAAAUACUGGUAUAAUUGCAUCUACAAAAUCAUUUUUUGAUAUCAAGCAUGUCAAAAAUACGUUAGGUGUGGCGUUUAAAAAAGGACCUAACAACCGUAGAAUAAAAUCCAUUUUGGUUUUGACCUCUAUUGCCUUUAUAUAUGGACCAGCCUAUGGUGAGUUCACCGUGCGGUAUCUCUUUACUCGCUACCGUUUUAACUGGGAUGCGCUCAAAUACAGCUUUUAUAAUACAUUCUACAUUUGUAUACACUCUCUCGGUGCUUUAAUCUCUAUAAGUGUAUUUAGUCGUAAAUGGAAAUGGGAUGACUCAACGCUUGGUCUUAUAUCGAAUGUCAGCAAAAUUAUCGGUGCACUAGCUACUGGAUUAGCAAGAAAUUCCUUAGAGAUGUAUCUAGCCGUCGCCAUUGAAAUGUUUAACGCGACUUCAUUCACUGCACUAAGAUCGAUUUCUUCAAAACUGGCGACAAAUGACGAAUUAGGGCAGAUGACAUCGGUGUUCAACUUAACGGAGGUAUUAACGUCUAUGGUUUUUGGACCAAUUUAUUCAUGGAUAUAUAUGAUGACCUUGAAAAUUGACGCUGGAAUAAUUUACUACUGCAGUACUGUACUCACAAUACCACCGAUACUUAUUUUCAUUUGGUUUCACGUUGAAAAUAAGAAGAAUUCUAAGGAUAAAAAUAAAGAAUCGGUCGGUGAGAAAGAAACAAAGGAACAAGACGGCGAUCAUAAGCAAGAAAAUUUAGUUCACAGCAUCGAUUUAAGCGAAGGCUUGUAUUUUAUCGAAUAAAGUGAACUUAUAACACA